AGGAAGUCUCGCGAGAACGAGCGCCGGCUGCCCUUGGGUGCGGGUAGCCGGCGGGCUGUGCGGUGCGGGGCCAAGGGUGUGCAGUCAUGGCGCGGACGCUUCUUCAGCAAUACCUGGACAUCCCCGAUGGCACCGAGUGCCACCGCAAGACCUACGCCAGCACCACACUCAGUGGUGCCGCUGGCCUGAUCUUCUCUGCCUACAGUGUCACGCUCCAGCCCCCAGAUUCCUUCCUGGAGGGAGUGGCGAGGACAGGGCGAUAUACAUUUACUGCAGCCGCCAUUGGCGCCAUAUUUGGCCUCACCUCCUGCCUCAGCGCCCAGGUCCGAGAAAAGCCCGACGACCCCCUGAACUACUUCAUCGGAGGCUGCGCCGGAGGCCUGACCCUGGGAGCACGCACUCACAGCUACGGGAUCGGAGCCGCCGCCUGCGCGUACAUGGGCACGAUGGCCGCACUGCUCAAGAUGGGCCAGCUGGAGGGCUGGAAGGUGUUUGCAGCGCCCAAGGUGUAGUCCCGCCGCCUCCCGGGUCCUCGGGCAGAUACAACUAAAAAUAAAUUCUGUGUAUACUUGUU